UUGAACGCUUUCGGCUUUCCAAAAAAGUUUCAAACACGGCAGCGUCAACCGCCUCGCGUGGAAAGCCAAUUGAAGCGCAACCAUGGCAGCAAGGACUCUCAGAAUCGGCCUCAUCCCCGGCGAUGGCAUCGGCAAGGAGGUCAUCCCCGCCGGGCGGCGCAUCCUCGAGGCCCUGCCCGCCUCCCUCGGCCUGAAGUUCGAGUUCAUCGACCUCAAGGCCGGCUGGGAGACGUUCCAGCAGCAGGGCGUUGCCCUCCCCGAGGAGACGGUGUCGAUCCUCAAGUCCGACUGCGACGGUGCGCUCUUCGGCGCCGUCAGCUCCCCCACCACGGCCGUCAAGGGCUACUCGUCGCCCAUCGUGGCCCUGCGCAAGAAGCUCGACCUCUACGCCAACGUGCGGCCCGUCAAGACGGUCGUGUCGGCGCCCAAACCCAUCGACAUGGUCAUCGUGCGCGAGAACACCGAGGACCUGUACGUCAAGGAGGAGACGACGCGCGACACCCCGGACGGCAAGGUCGCCGAGGCGGUCAAGCGCAUCUCGCAGCGCGCCAGCAGCCGCAUCGCUACCAUCGCCGGCGAGAUCGCCCUGCGCCGCCAAAAGAUCCGCGCCGCCGGCUCCCCCAGCAUCCACAAGGGCCCGCUCGUCACCAUCACGCACAAGUCCAACGUACUCUCGCAGACCGACGGCCUGUUCCGCUCCACCGCCCGCGAGGCCCUGGCCGCGCCCCGCUUCCGGGAGGGCGCCGUCGCCGUCGAGGAGCAGAUUGUCGACUCGAUGGUGUACAAGCUGUUCCGCCAGCCCGAGGCCUACGACGUCAUCGUGGCCCCCAACCUGUACGGCGACAUCCUGUCGGACGGCGCCGCCGCCCUCGUCGGCUCCCUCGGCCUCGUGCCCAGCGCCAACGUGGGCGAGGGCUUCGCAAUCGGCGAGCCCUGCCACGGCAGCGCCCCGGACAUCCAGGGCCAGGGCAUCGCCAACCCCAUCGCCACCCUCCGCAGCGCCGCCCUGAUGCUCGAGUUCCUCAACGAGGAGGCCGCCGCCGCCAAGAUCUACGCCGCCGUGGACGCGAACCUCGAGGAAGGGAAGCUGCUGAGCCCCGACCUCGGCGGUACCGCCAAGACGGAAGAGGUCGUUGAGGAUAUUCUCCGCCGUCUGUAAAAAAACAACCCGGCAGGCGUGAGGGGGGAGAGAAAGUGUAACUUCUAUCGGUUGGUUGUCAAAAGAAGUGUUAGAAUACCCCGCUGGAUCAUGCACCUGCAUAAGGGCAUGCAAAUGAAUGAAAAUAAACAAAAAGAGACAUAUAAAAAGUCGUGCGUUUCAUUGUUCCAGACCUGACACGUGUCCCGUCCACUAAUGAUCCCGGAUUGCCCCAACGACCUUGUUAGACAGAGAAGGGAUGGUAUCUCAUUCAUUCUAUCAUUAAAGCGACCUAUUCCAACCAACCAACAGGCAAUAUUCGUGUAUCAUACACAUACA